CAGAACAAAAUUAACAAUGAUUUGCCAAAGGCUUCAUGCCCACCAUGUCGGGGUUGAAGAUGAUAAAACACAGUCGAUUGCUGGCCGGCGCGGCGGUACGUUUGGACGCUGUUUGUAGUGCACCGUUGCCGAGGAAUCACUUAAUACAACACAGGAUGGCGUCAAAAGCUAUCACUUUAGAAAAUAUCAACCCUAAUAUCGUGAAGUUGGAAUAUGCUGUGCGCGGACCGUUGGUCAUCCGAGCGGCGGAAAUCGAAAAGGAACUUGAAAAGGGUGCCAAGAAACCUUUCAAGAGGGUGAUAAAAGCCAACAUCGGAGAUGCUCACGCCAUGGGCCAGAAACCCAUCACCUUCAUCAGACAGGUGUUGGCUUGCGUCUCUCUCCCCGAGCUUAUCGACACAUACGACUUUCCCAGCGACGUUAAAAAGCGCGCCAGAGAAAUUCUCGAAGGUUGCGGUGGCCAAUCAGUCGGCUCCUACACCGCAUCACACGGCAUCGAACUGAUCCGUCGACACGUCGCCGAAUACAUAGAGCGUCGCGACGGACAUCCCGCCAAAUGGGACGACAUUGUUCUUACUGGUGGUGCUUCCAAUGGUAUCAAAAAUGUGCUGCAAUUGCUGUGUAACGACUUGGGAGGAAAACCUUCAGGUGUUCUCAUCCCUAUACCCCAGUACCCACUAUACUCAGCCUCCCUAGCCGAAUACGGUCUCACACAAGUAGGCUACUACUUAGACGAAGAUAAUGCCUGGGCGUUGGACGAAGCGGAGCUAGAAAGGGCCUUAAAAAGCGCUAAGGAUUGCAAUGUUCGAGCCAUCGCUGUUAUCAACCCAGGCAACCCCACGGGACAGGUAUUAACCCGUUCCAACAUCGAGACGAUCAUCAAAUUUGCCCACCGACACAACCUGCUACUUUUGGCCGAUGAAGUAUACCAAGACAACGUUUAUGCCGAGGGAAGCAAGUUCUUCUCAUUCAAAAAGGUAUUGAGAGAACUGGGAGCCCCCUACACGAAUGAACUUGAACUGGCUUCUUUCAUGUCUAUCAGCAAAGGUUACAUGGGCGAGUGCGGUCUUCGCGGCGGUUGGAUGGAGCUGGUCAACUUUGAUAAGGCAGUUCAGGCCAACCUAUACAAGUGCAUAUCAGCCAUGUUGUGUCCCACCGUGCUCGGGCAGUCUGCGUUGGAUUUAGUUGCCAAGCCGCCAAGUAAAGGCGAGCCUUCCUACGAGCUGUGGAUCAAGGAGAAGACUGCCGUACUGGACUCCCUCAACAAGCGAGCUAAGAUGAUUGCAGACACCUUCAACUCUAUGCAGGGAUUCAAAUGUAACGUUGUUCAGGGCGCUAUGUACGCGUUCCCGAGUAUCGACAUGCCUCCGAAGGCCAUCGAGGCGGCCAAGGCCGCUGGGAAGGCACCCGACGUAUAUUACGCCUUCAAACUGUUGGAAGAGACUGGUAUCUGCAUCGUCCCCGGCUCAGGGUUCGGGCAGCGCCCCGGCACCUUCCACUUCCGCACCACCAUCCUGCCACAGCCCGCGCUACUACAGGAAAUGUUGGACAUCUUCAAGAACUUUCACGAAAAGUUCACCAAGGAACACGCUUAAACUCACCGCGAUUAGUCGAAGACCACGAAAAAGACGCUUAGAGCUAGCUUUAAGGGUCAUAUCGUACGUACCCACUAUUUUGCCACGACUCGUGGGAGCCUGGGGUCCGCUCGGCAACUAAUCCCAGAAAUUGGCGUGGACCCUAGUUUUUAAGCGACUGCCAUCUGACCUUCCGACCGGGAGGGUAAACUGGGCCUUAUUGGGAUUAGUCCGGUUUCCUCACGAUGUUUUCCGUGAAGCGACUGGUAAAUAUCAAAUUAUAUUUCUUACAUAAUAUCCGAAAAACUCAUCGGUACGAGCCGGGGUUUGAACCCGCGACCUCCAGAUUGCAAGUCGCCCGCUCUUACCGCUAGGCCCCCGGCGCUCCCACCCCCUACAUAAUUGCAAAAAAUUAAGCAACAAUCAAUCAAUUUCCAUACAUUUUUUCUGGUCUGGUAGCUUUGUAUUUUCUCUCAGUAACGAUAACAUUUAUUGAAAUAAACGUCUUGUCAUUGACUGAUGAUUCAA